AUGAGGCAGGGAAUCAAAUGGGUGUUUGUACUUAUUUUGGCGGCUGUCACAACCGUUACAAUCAUAAAAAUUAUGAUCAAUCGUACAAAGGAAUUGGAAAGAAUUCAAGAAGAUGAAAAACUUACAGAAAUUCCAUCAGCAGGUCUUUUAAUGCUUAAUUCGAGUAUAAUGAAACUUAAACCUUGGAAAUCUACACUCCGCUUAUCACGGUACGUUCGCCCGCUGCAAUACUCCAUUAAUCUGUAUCCAAACAUUAAACAAGGAUCAUUUGUUGGUUCAGUUAAUAUAACAAUUAUAUUGGACACUGCUCAAAGUUAUAUUAAACUACAUUCAAAAGGAUUGAGAAUCAAAGAAACUAAACUCAAUUCCAGUUCUGUAACAGCUUUUUCAUAUCCACAACAUGAAUUUUGGGUUGUUUUACCUAAUGAAGAACUAAGUGCUGGGGAAUACCAAUUACAAAUAUCAUUUGAAGGUGGUUUAUUGAGAAAAAUAAUUGGAUUGUAUCGAAGCGUUUAUGAGGAUUCAACAAGCCAUGAAAAACAUUUUUUGGCCACUUCACUCUUCCAACCAACUUAUGCGCGGUUAGCGUUUCCAUGUUUUGAUGAGCCUCAACUGAAAUCAAAAUUUAAAAUUAGUUUGAUCCGACCAUCUGGUAAUAACUACAUAGCAUUAUCCAACAUGAACCAAGAGUCUGAAGAGCUCAAUGUGCCUACAAAUGGAUUGACUACAGUCCAUUUUGCUAAUACUGUCCCAAUGUCUACGUAUCUUGCUUGUUUUAUUGUAUGCGAUUUUAAAUCACUUGAACCAGUAAAAGCAGAUCAAGGAUUCCCGUUAACAGUUUAUGCCCCAAGUGGUCAAAUUGAAAAUAUGAAAUAUGCUCAACAUGUGGGUCUCAAGACAAUUAAUUAUUACGUCAAUUAUUUUGGCAUUCAAUACCCGUUACCAAAAUUGGAUCUGAUAACAAUACCAGAUGAUUUUCUUUCUGGAGCAAUGGAAAAUUGGGGUCUUGUGACAUUUCGUGAAACAAAGGUUUUAUAUAAUGAAAGUAAUAGUUCUAUUGAUGACCAAGAGACAAUCGCGUUUAUUGUUGCUCAUGAAUUGGCUCAUAUGUGGUUUGGAAAUCUCGUUACUAUGAAAUGGUGGAACGACUUAUGGCUUAAUGAAGGGUUUGCCACUUACAUGAAAUUUAAAGCUUCGCAAGUUGUCCACCCAGAUUGGGAUGUUGACACAUCAUUUCUAAUUCAUAGUCUCCAACCUGUACAAUAUCUAGAUAGUAAACUUAGUUCUCAUGCUAUAGUACAAGAUGUUUCUGAUCCCCAACAAAUAUCCUCAAUGUUUGAUCUCAUAUCUUACUCUAAAGGUUCUUCUGUAAUACGAAUGUUAGAAGGAUUGUUGGGUGAAGACAUAUUCAGGAUUGGUGUGAGCGCAUAUUUAAAACGUUUUCUAUUUAACAAUGCUGAAACUGAUGAUUUAUGGACUGAAUUACAAAUGACGUCUCAAAAUACAGUCAAUGUUAAAAAGCUUAUGGAUACAUGGACACGUCAAGCGGGGUUCCCAGUAGUAUCAGCUAUACGGAAUGGAACUAAACUUACUUUGAAGCAACAAAGAUUUUUGUCUGACCAAAAUACUAAUUCGUCAAAUGACCCAUCUCCAUAUAAUUACAAAUGGGAAAUACCAAUAACAUAUACCACUUCAAACAAUAAUACCGUACGUAAGUUUUGGUUAACCAAAGACGUGGAUUCAAUUACGAUUGACAUACCUGAUGCUGAAUGGAUAAAACUAAAUCACAGACAAGUUGGAUAUUACAUUAUAAACUAUUCUGAGAGUGAUUGGUGUUUACUUAAUAAUUUAUUAGAAAAAAAUGUUGAUGCAUUAAGUGCGGCUGACCGUUCAAAUCUUAUACAUGAUGCCUUUAUUUUGGCAAAUUCUAAUUACUUACCAUUUCGCAUUGCGUUAAACAUGACAAAAUAUUUAUCUUUGGAACAUCAUUAUGUUCCUUGGGAUGUAGCUGCUACUAACUUAAAGAGAUUAAGUGAACAUUUAUAUCAACGUCCGACACAUAAGCACCUUGAAAAAUACGUACAACAAUUAUUGGGGAGUAUAGAAGAAGAUUUCUGGAAUGAUUCAAGUGAUAGAAACUUAUUACAACGUAAAUUUCGAGGAGUUAUUUUCAAAUUAGGAUGUUCAUAUGGUUUACCAAGCUUUCAAAAAAAAGCAUACGAAUUAUUUAGAAGAUUUCUGAAUGAUAAAAUCAAACCACAUCCAGAUAUUAGAUUCACUGUUUAUUACUAUGGAAUGUCUCAGGGCAAUGAUAGUGAAUGGAAUAAAUUAUGGGACUUAUUCAUAAAUGAAAAAGAACUUCAGGAAAAAAAUAAUCUUAUGGAUGCAUUGACUGCCUCAAAAGAAACAUCAAUAUUAACUAGACUAUUGCAUCAUGCAAAAAAUGAGAGCCAUGUUCGUUCCCGAGAUUAUUUAAGAAUUAUAUUACUGAUAAACCGUCAACCUUUUGGAACUCAAUUCGUAUGGGACUUUUUGAGGGAGAAUUGGCAGUACUUCGUUGGUCGUUUUUCUCUUUUUGAUUGGCAAUUUGGAAAUCUCAUACCUUCAGUUUGUUCUCAUUUCAAUACACAAGAACAUAUUAGAGAAAUGAACAUAUUUUUUGAUGAACAUCCAGAAGCUGUACCUAGAAAGAAAGGACGAAAGUCUGUACUAGAAGUUGUAUCUAACAAUAUUAAAUGGUUAGAAAAACACGAAGCUGUUAUUAGUAAUUGGUUGAUAAAUACAAUCUAA